UUACUCACUGACAUAAGUCCGGUGCACGACUCAAAGGAAUAAAGGUCUGGUUUUGUAAUCCUAUGAUUAGGUUUCUUUUUGAGAGAGAAAUGAGAAUUCUUCAAUUGAACACCACAAAUUUAUCACGCUAUCAAAACUUGAUACGCCAUAGAAUCAGUUUUUACUCAACGGAGGGAUGUACAAAUUUCACGCAAACAAAACUGACCACCGAAAUUAAACACAAUAUAGAGAAUCAUUGGCGUGAUAAAAUCAAACAAACUGGCUUUGACGAAUCGAAACCCGACAAUAAAUAUGUUGUUAUUCCACAAUUUCCGUAUCCAUCUGGACACUUACAUCUUGGUCAUGUUCGAGUUUAUACCAUUAGUGAUGCAAUCGCUAGAUUCUAUCGAUUAAAAGGAAAAAAUGUGCUUCAUCCAAUUGGAUUUGAUGCUUUUGGAUUACCCGCUGAAAAUGCAGCAAUUGAAAGAAAAAUUUCACCAGCCGAGUGGACCAAAGCAAAUAUUGAACACAUGCGAAAACAAUUGGUUCAACUCGGUGCUUCUUUUGAUUGGAAACGUGAAUUGGUGACAUGCGAUUCAAAAUAUUACAAAUGGACACAAUGGAUAUUUUUGCAAAUGUUAAAAAAUGGUUUGGCCUAUCAACGAAAAGCGUUCGUAAAUUGGGAUCCUGUUGAUGGCACAGUACUUGCAAAUGAACAAGUCGACGAAAAUUGUUGUUCUUGGCGAUCUGGUGCUAAAGUUGAAAAAAAACUGCUCAAACAAUGGUUCUUGCGGACAACAAAUUUUGCUAAAGAUUUAUAUGACGGUUUAGAUAAUGAAACGCUUGAAGAUUGGGACGAUGUUAUAAAAAUGCAGAAAAAUUGGUUUGGUAAACCUACUGGCUAUAAGUUUCAAUUAGAUUUAUUCUAUGUAAAUAGUGAAAAUCAAGAAAUGGAAUCAAUUGAUGUGUGGACCACAAUGCCAGAACAAAUGUUAAAUCCCGGCUUUAUAGCCAUCAAAUCCAAUCACUUUUUAAGCCAACACAUACAAAGCAGUCGUGUGUUGGAUGUUACUGUGAAAAAUCCCUUCAAAGAAGGUGCUUUGAUACCAUUGGUUGUUUGUGAUGAGCUCGAAUAUCAACCACAUUGUGAAACAUAUAUUGGAUUGCCAGCAGUAAAUGAAAUUGAUCGAAAUUUAACCGAUAAAUUGUGGAUAAGUUAUGAGAAUCUAGCGCCGGACGAGAAAAAUCGCGAAAGUAUUUUGAAAAAAGCUAAAAGUAAACAAAUCGGCGGAUAUCCGGUUAGUCCCCACUUUACGGAUUGGUUAAUUUCACGGCAACGCUUCUGGGGGUGUCCAGUACCUAUAAUUCAUUGUGAAAAAUGUGGUUCAAUUCCAGUACCCGAUUCAUCUCUGCCAGUUCAUUUGCCAGAGGCUACAUUCGAUGAAAUUGGAAAACCAAUUCCGUUGAGUAUGCGAAGCGAUUGGUAUACAACCAAGUGUCAUAAGUGUGGAAAUUUAAAUGCCAAACGGGAAACUGAUACGUUUGAUACAUUUGUCGAUAGCUCAUGGUACUUUUUAAGAUAUUUAAAUCCAGACAAUGCCAAGGUAAUUUUUGAUAAGUCUUUGGCCAAAGAAGUAAUGCCUGUAGAUAUGUACAUUGGUGGAAUUGAGCAUGCUGUCUUGCAUUUGUAUAUGGCACGAUUUUUCAUGCAUUUUUUUAAAAAAGCUGGAUAUGUUACCUGUGCUGAACCCUUCAAACGUUUAGUCGUCCAAGGUAUGAUAAAUGGUCGUACAUUUUGUACUCAGGAUGGACGCCAUAUUAAAGAAGAAGAAGUCAACAUUUUGAACGAAAAGCAAAAUCGAGCUGAAGAAACUGUGACCGGGAUGAAAGUUCAUAUGGAAUGGGAAAAAAUGUCAAAAUCCAAGAAGAAUGGUGUUGAUCCAACAGAACUUUUCAAUGAAUAUAGUGUGGAUUCUAUUCGAUUAAUAAUGCUUGCUGAUGUUUUACCACGAAGUGCACGCAACUGGUCAAAAGACACAUUCCCCGGUAUAUUAAAAUGGCAACAAAACAUAUGGCUGUGUUUGAAUGAAUUUAAUAUGGCACGAACUGAUGAUUCAAUUAUCAAACCGGAGAAUAUCACUGAUAAUGACGAUGAGGCGCUUAAGCUAUUUGAAUUAAGAAAUUAUUGCGUUUCUAAGGCUGGUUACUUUUACUCAAAUGCACAUUUUAGCUCGGCAAUCAAAAUAUGCCAAGAACUUACUGAUGAAUUAAGGAAAUUCCCAAAGCCACUUAAAAAGUAUAAUCCGCAAUAUGAACGCGCAUUGGCUGACCUAUUUAUUAUGUUUUCACCGAUUGCACCGUUGUUUGCGUCUGAAUGUUGGUCAAAAUUCCUAUCCGUACCCAAUCGUGUUGAUGUCGAUGGAAUGCAUCUUAAGUGGGACAAAGAUGCUUUGGACCAACACUGGCCCACUGUUGAUGAGAAUAUUAAUGAUAUUUAUGUCCUUAAAAUAAAUAGUUCCAAAACAAUAUUUCAUCGAACGGAAAACGAUCCAGAAACGAUAACAGAACAAUUCCUCAUGCAAAAAGCAAACGAAAUGACAUCCUUCACAGAGCUGCUUAAAACGCAUAAAAUCAAACGGAAAAGUUUCACCUCUGGAACAGAUAAAUGUACGACACUCGUAAUUCAUACCGAGAAAAAGAUAAAAGACAAAAAAAAGAAGCAAAAAAUUCAUUUGGAUAGCGAAGCUAUUCAAUAGUUUUUUGUUUUUGAUCAAAUUAAAAAAAAAUUCUUUGUUCUAGCCCUUUCUGUAAAAAAAAAUAGAAAUAAUAAAAAAGUGUACACUUUUUGAUUUUACAUUGUCAA